UACACUUAGUUACCUUCUGGCAGUUGGAACUAACCUCUAAUUCUUGCCUUUUUCCAACAGACGCAACAUCUACUGCACCAUGUCUACUAGCGUUGGCAAAACAAUUUCCGCCAUUUCCGGCACUGGCUUCCCUUCCAAAGCUCCCAAGGAUGCCCAAGUUGUAACUGUCAACGAAACUGAGAAACGGAAAUCCUCCUACCCAGAGUACUUGCCUAUUUGGGACAGAUCCAUUACUGCGCAGCCGGCCUAUACCAAGAUCCCAUACCAUGACAAAGCCUUAGACGCUGAUCCUGCGAUGCCAAACUUGUUACCAAAACAAAAGCUAGACAACAAGGAAAUCUUGUUAAGUAAUUUGACCCCCAAGUUUGGUACCGAGGUGAAAGGGUUGCAAUUGGCUGAUUUGGUUGAUAACCCAAGAGCCAAAGAUGAAUUGGCAUUGUUGGUGGCUCAACGUGGAGUUUUGCUUUUCCGUGACCAGGAGGAUCUUCUCAAGUUAGGUCCUGCAAAAAUCAAGGAGUUUGUUUCGUACUUCGGUGCCCUUCACCAGCACCCCACCUCUGGAGGUCUGGCCGGACAUCCGGAGUUUCACAACACCUACAGAAGUGGGGACUUUAGCCCCGCUGAAUUUUUCAAAACGCACACUACCUCUACUGCGUGGCACUCCGACGUGACGUACGAGUUACAGCCGCCAUCAUACUCCUUGUUGGCCAUGGUAGAUACCCCACCAUCCGGUGGCGAUACCAUCUUCGCCGAUGCCAGGGAAGCUUACAAUCGCUUAUCGCCGGGAUUCCAAGCUUUAUUAACGGAUUUGAGGGCCAGUCACUCAGCUCAUGCACAAGCUGACACUGCUGUGGCGAAUGGGGGGAUCCUUAGAAGGGAGCCUAUUACCACUUUCCAUCCUAUCGUGAGAAACCACCCCGUUACCAAAAAAAAGUCCCUCUUCGUGAACAGCCAAUUCACGCGCACCGUGGAAGGGCUUAAGACGGAGGAAAGUAACGCCUUGUUGAAGUUUUUGCUCCAACACUUAAACAACUCUGUUGACUAUCAACUCAGAGUCCAAUGGAAACAAUUUUCCAUUGUUCUUUGGGAUAACAGAUCUAUGAUACAUUCGGCCCUUGUGGAUUUUGACACCGACUCGUAUAUUCGGCACGCAUUCAGAUUACUGGUGAGGGCCGAAAUACCGACUGGAAAAAUCGAAGAGGAAGCAGAUGAUGCAUAGUCUAAUGCUGAUUGAACCAAGUAUAUACACCUUGUCCUUUAAUUUCGUCGCGCAUUCCUUUUGUUUUAAUUAUUUACAUGAGUCUGCAGAAAAUAUUUAACUUAACCAGC